AUUCAUGCAAUUCUUACUUAUUGAGGACCAUCGCGAUGCAAAAUGAUAGAAACAGCAUUGCAACUGAACGGUCGCUCCCAACAAGUCUGCAAAACAAUUCACUCUCUCCUCACAAAUCCGAGAUCGGAAAAAGAAAAACCUAAUCACUCUACGGUACACCCAUUGCCUACCACUCUUGACGGCUUCAUUCUUGCGGCGCGAUUUCAGUGAAAGCAACACAACACAACGCAACGCAACACAAGACAACGCAACACGAUGCUCUUCAAAGCUCUCGCUGUCCUCUCCGCCUUGCCUGCCUUUCUUGUGCCGGGCUGCCUGGCAUCCUGGGACGAAGAAAGUAGCGUGAUUACCAACAACGUCCAGUGGAAAGACCGAGCCGGCGAAAAAGUCAAGGCGGGCAGAGGUUCUACCAUCUCGGAGAAAAUCGAUGGCUACUGGUACAUGGUAGGAGCUAAUUCAAAACCAGAGAUCCCAAAAUGCAAUGUAAGUGGUGGUUCGAACGCUUUACAAUUGUUUGUGUGUGUGUGUGCAUGCUUGCGACACAGAUGCUUUGCCGCAUAGCACCGAGACUCAAUAUGUUUGUUUGCCAUUUUCACAACGGAACGCAACGUCUCGUUCGAUUGCAGGACCUCGGGGGAGACAUCUACAUCUACAGAUCCAAGAACCUCGGUAGCAACUCUUGGGAGGAGGUCGCUAAGAUUGAAGGCAAAGAUGCCAGAAGCUGCGCCAUGAACAAACACCCUAGCGGCAAAAUAUACCUACAUUGCCGGAGAUUAAUUUGCAUUAGUGAGGCUAAGGACGGCCCCGAGGGACCCUACAAAUGCGAUGACGAGCUCGAUGUACCCAACUUCCAUCCCAAAAGCGAUGGGAAUACGCGAAAGGUCGGGGGAUCUUCCACGUUCCGAAAAGGAAACACAGGCGACCUCUACUUUGUCACCUCGAGAGCGGAACGCAAGAAAGGUGGUAACCGUUUUGCCUUCAUCUAUAAACUGAGUAGCGAUUGGAAGAGUAUCGACCGCGAGGCCGCAAGCUGGGAAUACAAUGGCAGGGAAUCGCCAUACGUUGUAGAGGACAACAACAAGUUUUAUGUCUUCACCUCGAGAACCGCCCGUUGGAAGUACUCCAGGACCCAUUACAAGAAAGCGGACAGCCUGAAGGGGCUUGAAACAGCUAAAGAAUUCUAUGUGGACAUGUGGCCACCAGACAACCCUAAGAUCCAGUCGAUGGGAACCCAGUUCACAUACAUCCAGAAGUUUGGCGAUGGCAAGUGGAUGUUCGGUGGGAGGCGCCACCCAGAGGAGGAUCCCUGCAACUUUGGAGAAAAGUGGGGCAGCCUCGUCAUGACGCCCUUUGAGUUCAAAGGAGGCACGCCCACCGUGUACUGGAGGAAUUCCUUCGAUUGGUUGGGGGAAGCCUCCAUUACCUCGACUUACGAUAAUCACCCCAGAGACAGCUACCAACCGGACUGCUUUAACAACCCCGCCCUAUUUGAAAUGCCGUGGGGCCAGAUGAAGGGAUGCCCUUGGGUCCAGCGAAAGAAAACAGACAUUCGGUGCGCCAAACCCGGUGUCACCUCCGAGUGCCCGGUAACCUGCGACGCGAAAUUCUGCGACCCCGACUUCUGCGACCCCGAAAAGUGGAAACAGAAGCCCAAUUGCCCAUAGUGAUUGCAAAAUCACAUGCUGCCUCCUACCUAAUGCGCAGGAUUUGAUUGCUUCAAAGAACCUUUCCAUUCCCGUCCCCUACGCUUGCUUCAUAUCGUCAUAUAAAUAAUAACAGAAUAG